AUGGCUUCUGGGUCAAGCCCAGACGAUAUUCUGGCAGCAUCAUACAAAUAUGGAUCUAUCUUCAAGACACCGACAGAACAUAACGCCAAGAUGAAGGCCUUUCUCUUCGGCUACCCAAUCCGCCAUUCUCUGGCCCCCCCUACUCCAUCGGCAUCUUUUCCGGGGAAUAUCAUCGGCUGCGCCGUCACUAUGCCCUUUAAAGUCACAAUGCUCUCUACCGUGGACGAUCUUACAGAAGAAGCGCGCAUGGUUGGUGCGAUCAAUACCAUUUUUCUUCGCAGAGCCGAAGAUGGAAAAAUCCGAUAUAUCGGUACGAACACAGACACCAUUGGAGUUCGUGAGGCUUUUCUCCAGAAUUAUCCUCAGCUUCCUGCGCAGGCGGCGGUUUAUGCCCUUUCCAAAUGGAUGGGUGUAAGCAAAAUCUACAUGGUGAACCGCGUUGAGAGCGAAGUUCGGGGUAUUAUGAGCUCCUUUGAAAUUGUGGGAUUGGAUAUCGAGUUCAUUUUUGUUUCAUCAACAGCCGAAGCUGCUGCGUUGGAGGCACCGGCUCUUAUUGUUGGGACAGUACCGGAUAUUGUACCGAAAGAAAAGGGCGAGAUUCUUGCAAGAGAGAUCGUGGAUGUUUUCCUGGCGAAGGAAGACAAAGGAUUUGUUCUGGAGAUGUGCUAUCAUCCUAAUCCUCGGACUUACUUCUUCAAUCGCUGCGAGGAGAUGGGCUGGAAUGUGCUAUUUGGCACAGAAGCUAUGAUCUGGCAAGGCGUUGCUCAACAGAGUCUCUGGACAGAGCUUCCGAUGCACCAAUUCAAGCUUGACGAAGCAAAGCGAGAUAUCACCGAUGCGAUUGAGAUGAAGAACGAUGUGAUGUAG